CGGCUCCAUGGACCUUUAACAAGUAACGUAAACAGUCUCAAUGCUGUCACAAAGCUGCAUUUAAUGCCGACAAUAGUAACUCGGUUGGAAAAGGAUGACUCCGUUGUUAAAAACUUAAGAGUUGAGUCCACUGAGAGUGACCUGGUGUGAUAAUUGCAUGCUGCAUGUCUGAUAACCAUCCAUCACCUCAUUGCACUUCCUCUCACUUCUGAUGCAUGGCCCCCUCAUUAGUAAAGAGUACGUCUCACCGUUCCUUACAUGUUGUGUUGUGAGAGUGACAUCAUGAGGAAGAACGGGGAUAACCCUCUGGCGAUGUCAUCCAAGAAAAUAUGCCAGGGCCAGAAGGACUAUGGACGGGAGCUACAGAGGCUGCGUGCUGUUUGGGAAACGGAGAAGAAGCAAACGCAGCGGGCCCGUGGUGAACUCUCUGUGGAGCUGAGGCACCUGCGGGAAGAAGCCGAGAGGGAACAGCAGAAGGCUGUGAAGGAACUGGCUCUCAAGCGAGUGUGCCAAAAGGACAGGCUUGCGAAGACCAAGUUGAACAUUAAAGACAGGGGACGUCUCACUAAAAUAGAGUCCACAGAUGAAGAGACGUUUUGUUUGUGCGGUGGAGAAACUCACAGAAAGCUAGAGCAGUUACUGCUGACGCUGUAUGAGAAGAUAAAUGGUGAGCAAGCAGUCUAUACGUUGCAUCAGAGGCAGGAAUAUGAAAUAGAAAAGGCGGUCUUCCUCUGCCACCUGCUAGAAACCCAUGGAAGACUGUUCCAGGGGAGGCAAAGAGCAGGAGAGCUCAGCUCCAUUUCUAACAGUCUCUCAAGAACUCAGGGAGGUGGGAAUAACUCCUAUCAGAGCAAGCCUCUACUAACCUCCUCUAGAGCCUUGCCCCAUACUGUCUGCCACUCACCAAAGAAGAAAACCAAACGAGAUCUGAGGGAGCUGCCUUCAGGGAGGGCCGUCUGUGCAGCUGACCCCUGCCCCUCCGCUGCAGUCGUGGACACCUGUCAGAGCGACUCGCUGACUAUUUGUCACCCUCACAGCGCUCCCCAUGCAGGCUGGGACCACCAGCCCCCCUACUGCGCUGAGUCCUCUGGGUCAGACGAGUCAUCGCCCCCCAAAUGCAUGGACAAAAACAUGGAGAAUGGUACUGAUUACGGGUUCCUUGUGCGUCAGAACUCUGAACUCCUGCGAGCCCUCGAUGAGCUGGAGAAGACUUGUACCACACUGAGGGAGGAAAAUGGCCUGCUGCGGAAGAGCAGUGCCCCAGAGACGGAGGAGAAGGUCAGGCGGCUGAGGAGGAAGAACACUGAGCUGUCUGUUCUCGCUAAGAGGCUGGAAGAGAGAGCCCGCAAACUGCAGGAGGCCAACCUCAGAGUGGUGAACUCCCCGUCGCUGAUGAGACCCGGGUCAGUAGAACAGUACAAGAGGGCGUUCGCCCGUCAGCGAGCCCGGGAUCUUGCCCAGCAUGCCGACGCUCUGCUGUCUAAGGACAAAGAGAUCGCCGCCCUGCAGGAGGAAUGCAGAGAGCUGGAGUCACGGCUGGGCACCACCAAGGGCUCCCCUCUUCCAUCUGGCCGAGUGGAAUUCGAGAGGCUUCUCAGGGAGUCUCAGAGGGAGGUGCUACGGCUCCAGAGGCAGCUGUCAGUCACAUCAUCCGGGCAGCAGCACGACCACAGUCCUGACCUCGGUGGCCCGGGAAAAUGUGGGAAAAUCCAGGAAGAAGAGGAGGAAGAGAACAAGGAAGGGGAGGAAGAUAAGGUUGUAGGAGAGACCCCAUGUGUGGUGUUAGAUGAAGCUCCAUCCAGGUGUGAGAAGACUCCCGGAGAGGAGGAGGAGUCGGGGCUGCGAGUAACGCCCCAAACGGGCCUUAGCCCGACCCCCUCCCAUCAGGAGGAGCACACAGAGGACCAGCACCUACAGUUUCUGGAAAGUGAGCUGAGCAAGAAGAGAAAAGAAUGUGAAAACCUUGAGCAUGAAGUAAAGAAGCGACAGAAGAGAUGUCUGGAUUUGGAAAGCCAGCUUGAGGAUGAGCGAGGCAAAAAUGAGCGACUAAAGGAGGAGGCAGAUCUCCUCAGGAGGAAGGCACUGCUGCUCGACCAGACUCGGGCUGAGAAUGAGGAGCUGAGGGAAGAUCUCUCUGAAGUGACCGCUCAACACAAUUCAGUUCUCGAGGAGAACCAGAGACUCCGUGCCAAACUGGAGAACCUAGAGCAGGUCCUAAAGCAUAUGCGUGAGGUCGCCGAGCGAAGGCAGCAGCUGGAAUUGGAACAUGAGCAGGCACUGGCUAUCCUUAAGUUCAAACAGGAUGAAAUCAAACGGUUACAGCGGGCUCAGUUAUACGCCAAGAGGGAGCAUGAAGGAGUGGUUCAGAUGCUGGAGAGUACACUGGACUGCAUGCAGUCCAAGGUACGAGACCUGGAGGAUAAAUGUCGCAGCCAGAGCGAACAGUUCGGCCUGCUGUCCCAGGAGUUGGAGAAAUUCCGACUGCAGGCUUCGAAGGCAGACCUGGCCAGCGCUGGCCUCUUCAACAACUCCAGCCUCUCUGUUCUGACCAACGGGGUGGGCCUGACUUCGGAGCGAGAUGUGGCCGCUGCGCUGCGCCUCGGGUCCACCCCCCAUGCUGCAGGGCUGUCCAGGGUGGAGCGCUCGCCCAUCACCAAGCACCGAGAGCUGCCCACCAUCAGUGUCAGCAAGUCUUCCUCCAGCAAGUCAGAGACCACGCACCUCACCCCCAAGUCUGACACGCACCUCAGCCCGCACAAAUCCAGCCCAACACACGAGGUUGACACCGCCAGUGAAGUGGAGGAGCUUGAUAUUGACGUGGCGCCGGCUCCUUACAUAACCAGCAGAGGAGCAGCAAAACUUCAGGUCUUCAUUGCAAGAUACAGCUAUAAUCCAUAUGACGGCCCCAAUGACAACCCCGAGGUGGAGCUUCCACUCACGGCCGGAGAAUACAUCUACAUGUAUGGAGACAUGGACGACGACGGCUUCUAUGAAGGUGAGCUGAUGGACGGACGGAGAGGGCUGGUCCCCUCUAACUUUGUGGAACGCGUGUCAGACGACGACGUCAUGAGCACUCACCACCCAGAGACGGGGGACAUGUCCCAUAACACCCUGCUAGACAGCAGCCUGCACAGUGCCAGCCACCAGCAUCACCUCCACAUAGGCAGGACCGGGGCCCCAGCUGCCUCGGCAACUGCCUCGGCCCCCCCCUCAGCCCCCUCAGAUUCAGCAUCGGCCUUGGCUGUCCCAGCCCCCCUCACCAACGGCCUGGACCUGGACUUGGAGGAGGUGGGAGUGGACGUUGUGCCUUACCCACGUAAGCUUACCCUCAUCAAGCAGCUUGCCAAGAGCAUCAUCAUCGGCUGGGACCCUCCCCUGGUGCCGGCUGGGUGGGGCAAUGUGUGGAGCUAUAAUGUGUUUGUGGACCAGGAGCUGCGGCUCAACGUGCCCUUCGGUGCCCAGACCAAAGCAGUGCUGGAGCGGCUGGACAUAAACCUCAAGGCCUACCGCGUGUCAGUGCAGAGCCUGACGGAGAAGGGCCCGUCGGACCAGAUGCGCUGCAGCAUGCUGGUCGGUCGGGACGUGUGUGUGGCGCCCACGCAGCUGCGUGUGGAGAGAAUCACCGCCACCUCUUCCCACCUGUCCUGGCUGCCCAGCAACAGUAACUAUGUGCACAUUGUGUCCUUGAACGAUGAGGAGUGUGAGCUGGUGAAGGCUGGCUGCUGCUCGCUGUGCCUCAACAACCUCCUGCCCAGCAUGCAGUACACUGUCAAGGUGGAGGCGCGGCCGCACCGCACGCCAUGGGAGUUACCUGUGGAGCGACGUGAACACAGAAGCGCCACCAUCACCUUCACCACACUGAUGGCAGGUCCCCCUGAUGCUCCUCUGGAUGUACAACUGGAGCACGGCCCCUCCCCGGGCAUCGCCCUCAUCAGCUGGCUGCCUGUCACUAUAGAUGCUACCGGGACCUCCAACGGAGUCAGGGUCACUGGAUACACUAUAUAUGCUGACAAGAAAAAGGUGCUGGAGGUGUCUUCCCCCACAGCAGGCAGUGCGCUGCUGGGCCCAUCUCAGAUGCAGUCCCUGUUAGCAUCUCAGGAGCUCACUGUCUGCACCAUGUCCAUCCACGGGGAGUCCUGCGACUCUCUGCCAGUCAAUGUGCCCACCAAGCUGGCUGCCAUCAUGGCAGGACCGACCCUCCCCGCCCCAGUUGUGCCACCUCAGCCCUGCACCCCUACAGGAGUCAGUAGCCUGUGCUCUCCUCCGUCCUAUGGGAACUCUGCUGCCAAAGUCUCCAUGCUGCCAUCAGACUCAAACAUCUCUGCUGCCAACCCUCCUCCUGCGCUUCACUCAGAAACUCUUCACUGGUCUGCUUCAUAUGUGAACGCCUGGGCCAACCCCUCCUCUGCUGCUGCCUUGGCUGCGUGUGAGGCCACAUUACCCGCAGCCUCCAACAUCAUUCCAGUGGUGAACGUGACCUCCCCGACCUCCUCAGCCCCUCCACCACCUCCAGUAGCAGUCACUGCCCCAGCCCCAGUGAUGGUAGCAGCAGCAGUGGCGGCAGUGUUGGAGCAGCGCAGAGACACCGACAGCCCUGGGAUCAUACGUCCUUUCCCAUCCAUCUCAGACUUCAUCGAGGACCCCAGUGCCAGUGCCAAGCUCGGGACCCCUGAGCGCAUCCCUACCCCGCCCAAAGCCCCCAUCACGGAUCUCCUUAACCCUCAGGACAUUAACAUCCACCGGCCCCCCAGCUCCUCCCCGCUGGAGUCCGAGGCGGAGGAGGAUCAGGAGAACACCCGCUUGGUGUCCAUGGAGGAUUUCUUGAGACAGGGUCCAGAGCAGACAUACAGCAGGAACCAGCAGAGUUACAGCAGAGGGUUUGCGGAGCCCCCCAGUGACUACCUCGCAGACAAAAGCCAUUCAGAUCUGUCUGACAUCCUGGAGGAGGAGGAGGAGGAACUCUACUCGGACCACUUUGGAGACGCACAUGCCAGGGGCUACACUGUCAGAGGCAACAUGUCACGCAUUGUGCGGACUCCAGACAGUGAGGAGGAACUACCUGAGAGGAUUCUGAAGUUGCCCCCUGAGGCGCACCCCGACAAGCAGCUGUUCAUCAUCCCUGAGCUGACGGAAGAGGAAGAUAGCAGUCAAGAGGAACUUUUAACCCGCCGUGGUCAUCCUCGGCACAGGCCCAGCCUCCAUCAUGACCCCCAGCAUUACCCGCAUCACCACAACUCACCCCCCCACCAUCACCACUUCAACAGGGAUCCCAGAAACCUAACCAAAGAGCCUUUACUCCGGCACAGGCCUCGGAAGCAGCACAUGGGUUACCCCGAAGAAGAAGACAUGAGUUUAUAUGAGGGUUCCAGCGGCAGGCGGGUCCUCGCUCCCCCCCAGAUGCCCCCCUACAGCAGAGACCGAUCGCUGCUCAAAGGCCUCGGGGACCGACUCAGGAGGGAGGCCAUGAUCAGGAGUCAAAUGGCCGCCGCCGCAGGAGCUAACCCCGGUCUCAUCCCACCAAGAACUCACCCGGUCAGCCAAGUGAAACGAAAUCUGAGGCCGCCCCUCGGUCACGAGGCAGAGAUCGACGUGGAGUAUGGCACAGACGAGGAGGUGGGAAUGGAGCAGAUGUGCUCUGAGUGGUGGGUGGAAGGUGCUCCGAUGGAGCAUGGCAGACCCACUCACCGUAGAGGAAUGAAAGCUGACCCGCCGGAGCCCAGUCAGAUCCCUCCAGCUGAGGCGGGUCCAUUGUGGGGGGUGCAGGGUGCGCCCCCAUGUAAACCAGCUUCCUCACAGGCCAGACAACUCAAAGGUGGUGUCGAUUCACCAAAAAUCAAAAUAGACGGUGAUGUCCGUAUCUUUGUGGCCCUCUUCCCGUAUGAUCCCGUCACCAUGUCACCCAAUCCUGAUGCUGCUGAGGAAGAGCUGCCCUUCUCUGAAGGACAGAUCAUCAAAGUUUACGGGGACAAAGACGCAGACGGGUUCUACCGAGGAGAGUGUGCGGGUCACCUGGGAUACGUUCCAUGUAACAUGGUGUCAGAGAUCCAGGUGGAGGACGAGGAGACCCGGCAGCAGCUCCUGCAGCAGGGCUUCCUUUCCACAGCGGCCUCCAUGGAGAAGAUAGGCACUCGCACACACGCACAGCUUCCCAGUCGCCCUGUUCCACCGCCGAAACCGAGACGAUCCAAGAAAGUGGAGUCUGCAGCGCUCUUGGAGGAGAGCUUAGACUCCUCCAGCCAAGACCCCAGCCCGACUGCCGCUUCAUCUGCCUCCACAGCUGCAGCUCCACCUGUGGGGGGCCCGAUCCCAGGAGCUCGCAAGAUGGUCGCCAUCUUUGAUUAUGAUCCACGAGAGAGCUCUCCCAACACUGACAUAGAGGCGGAGCUGACCUUCAGUGCAGGAGAUAUCAUAAAUGUAUUUGGUGACAUGGACGAAGAUGGCUUCUUCUAUGGAGACUUGAAUGGACAGAGAGGCUUGGUGCCCUCUAACUUCCUGCAGGCCGUACCAGAGGAAGCUCCUGCUCAGCCGGCACCAGAACACAAGAAAGAACUUCAGGAUACCUGCACGACUUCUACAGAGCCACAAGAUCCUGGGGCUUCCACCCUAGAAGAAGCUUUGCCCCCCCCAGCAGAACCUCCUCUCCCGGACCCAGCAGAGCACACAGAGCUGCCACCCAAACUGGCCCCCACUUCAAGCCCAGCGUCAGACCCUUCUCCGUCUCGUCCUCCUGCAGCAUCAGUGGCCUGCUGCUCCCCUCCGGCCCCCCUCCCUGCAGACAGCCCAACAAAGACAGACUGCUCCCCACAAGGCAAGAAGAAGAAAGGCUUUUUCUCCAAAGGCAAGAAACUGUUCAAAAAGCUGGGAUCCAGCAAGAAAGAAUGAGUCAGCAUGUCUGCCUCAGAAUACUCGCGUCACAUUGAAAGCACUUUUUCUAUCUUCACUGUUAGUCUCAGUUUCUGACGCUCCGACCGUCAACUAUACUACUUUUGCCUUAGAGCACUGCUAGCAGCUGUUAACUUUAAACUACAUCAAUGUACCGCUUACAGCAUCACACGGCAUGUCGAUGUGCAUGUUGAAGUGUGCGAAUAUAUCCUCUAAAUACUACCUAACUAUCUAAGCAUUUGCAAACGUACAACUCAAUAGGCUUUAACGAUCUAUAUCAAAGACGUGUCUCUCAGUGGAUUGGAUUAGUUUAGACAAAUCUGAUACAGAAUGAGAUAGAACAGCAGACACACAGCUGAUGAAAUAUUGAAGUUCAUUUUCACUUCAUUUAUUUAAAAGCAAACAAACAGAAUCAGCAGUCUCUCUUCUCCCUCCGUGUGACUAUAAAGAAUGCACUAUCCAUCCUAAGCGGAUGAAUUCUAAAUGUCUUUUUGUGCGUCCCUCACAUGUGUUUCUUGUCUUUGAGAGUAUUUAUACUUUGUACAGAACAUGUUAUUUAUUUGUGUACAUUGCAGGAAGUGACAUCAGGACAGGAGGUUAGUCAUUUAGAGCGGUCACUGAGAGUUAUGAUCCAAGUGUAGUUAAUGUAUUCUUUAGUAUUGGGCUUUGAGGUUAGUGGUUAUUGAAGGUCAAGUGUGUGUGUGUGUGUGUGUGUGUGUGUGUGUGUGUGUGUGUGUGUGUGUGUGUGUGUGUGUGUGUGUGUGUGUGUGUGUGUGUGUGUGUGUGUGUGUGUGUGUGUGUGUGUGUGUGUGUGUGUGUGUGUGUGUGUGUGUGUGUGUGUGUGUGUGUGUGUGUGUGUGUGUUGUGUGUAAACGGGCCUAAUGGUCACAUACUAUGCUAAAAUGAUAUAAUAUAUCUUGAUCAGUAGGCUGCUCUGUUAACGAAGUCAGCUGCAACGAAUGUUUACCAUCAAACCGUUAUUGAAUAACGAAUUAACCGUUGGCAUGACCAUCACAGUUUCUUACAGCCAACAGUGUUGUAUCAUGACAUGACUUGUUUUGUGUGACCAACAGUUCAAACCCAAACACAUUGAGUUUUCUUUAAUAUAGGACAAGGAAAAGCAAUUCUCAAAGUUUGUCCUUAAAUCAAUCAAGUCAUUUGCCUAAUUUUCUCUCAAGCGACUAUCCCAGGGGUUUCUAAAGUCUGAAAAAGCAACUACUGACUAGUUAUCAAAUAUCUGUAGCAGAGUAACAUACAAUAUUCCCAAUAAGAUGUAAUUGAAAGUAUAAAGUAGCUUAAAAUGGAAGUACGCGUCUGCAACAUCAGCCCUUAUUUGUUAACAUUGUAGUUAUUAAACACCAUUUUAACACUUCCUGUUUGAAGUGUAGCCAUGAUCUACCGACAGACAUCACUGCAUCACUUUGAUACUGAAGAAUACUUAAAAAUGAGGUGAUAUGAUUUCCUGUGAUUUCCAACAAGACAUCUUGAAAACCUCUGGACUGAUUUGACCAAUUGAGUAGUUAUUGCAGCUCUUACAGAAGAGCAUUAAUGCGAUGAUUAAGGAGAAAAUAAAAAGGACGAGGAACCUGUUUUUACAUUUUGUGGAUAAAAGAUAUCUUUAAUUGAUAAACAUUGAACUCUUAGAAAUAAAUCUGAAUAAUUGCUAAGCUGCAUACAUUGAACAUCUGACUUUAUUCUUGACAUAUCAACCUUAUUCUGACUUCAAAUAUUUAGAGCACAAUGUCCUCCCUUCAUGAUUUUUGUUGUCAAGCAGUGUCCUCAAUGCUAGUUACAUUAACAAACAUAAGAUUUAUGUAAAAAAUAACUGACAGCAACACUUAGAAUCCCAUUUAAAGUUCAAUUAUUUAUAUAACAUAUACAUAUAUAACGGUUGACUCCGAACGUUAGCAUCAUUAAAUGAAAGACUGUUUGGUUGAAGCUAAAUGACACGCCGUUAGCAUUAUAGCAUAGUGUGCGGUAUUCCAACACGUAUCAGGACAUACUGUAUCUUUUAAUGGUUAGUGACACCUUUACUCACACUAAGGAGUAGUUUUGUUUGUGCGUGUGCGUGUGUGUGUGUGUGUGUGUGUGUGUGUGAAUGUGUGUAUAGAGCUGGCCUUAGGAUAUAGUUUGUGAGUCAGUUACAACACACUCUGAUUAGAUCUGUGUGACAAAUAGCUGUUAGGUAACUUCUCAGGUUUUUCCUUGUAGUUUUCUUACUAACGCUGAGCCACCUGUUGACUCCAGCUGUCAUUAAACUGCAGAACAUGCCAAAAUCUUAGGUGCUUUGCCUGUUACCGUAGCUUCAAAGGAGCGAGUGACAGCAGCAUGGAGAUAAAGUGGAGUAUGUAGAAUUAGAUUUUUGAAGAUUAGGCCGAGUUGGAGGAAAAUAGUUCUUAUUUACUGUCGUGAAUGUUUUAAAUGUCUUUCUGUGUUACAUAAAGGGAGCAUGACGAUGCCAAGACACUUUAGAUGUGAAAUAGCCGGGAUAGAGGCAAGACUGAGUCUGUACUGUAUUUCAAUUUGUUUUCUAAGAGGGUUGCUCAAAAAAGUUGCCGAAAUGUACAGCGAAUAUUUGUACUGCUCUUGUAUUUGACGGCCUUUUAAUGCACAAGUAUUCCUCUACCUGCUGUGUAGUGAGUAGGCGCUAGCUCCCAUGUAGGACGGAUUUUAGCUCAGUUGAUCAUAUUUAGCCUUACAAGAAGACCUUGUUUAGUCUUUAAUCUGUUGUUUACAGGAUGUUUAUUGACUGCAUGCAUACCAAUGUCAUACACAUGUUCGGCCUUAUUUAUGUCACGGUAAUAUUUAUGUUUUCUAGGCAGACUCGUCUACAAUAUUUGAGUUGUAGAUCGUCAAUGCAGUGGAGAAGAAAGUGUGUAUAUAAUGAACAGUUGUUGUGGUAUAUUUUCAUAAAGCGCGGGACUCUUUUUUUCCCGUCUUCCCUCGACCUGCGUCAUUGUUUGAAAAGUGGAAGAUGGACCUUUUUAUAUAAAUGUAAUGUUUUUAUUACCCAUCUGUAAAUAUUUUUGUUAAUAUGGUUUUUCAGAUUAUUAUUUUUUUGCAUGUCGAUGGAGGAACAGUAACUGAGGAUGUAGGACACAGAGGACUUGAAAUUGUGAUGGUUUGUUUCAAUAUGGAUCUUUUUACAGGAAUAAAGUAUGUAUAUUUUCACAGAAAA